CUAAUUUCUAUUCUCUCUAAAUGGUAACAUAAAAUAAAGUCUCCAGAAUGCCCAACCUGCAUGAUUAUCACCAUAAUGGCAAGUGGCUAGUUGAAUAUGGCUUGAGCUUGCUGCUUUCUAUGUUCUUGGGCAUUAGUUCCUCAGUGAUUCUACUGUUUGCCCUAGACAGCUUAUGGCAUUGGUUGAAGGUAAAGGGCAUUCCAAUAAUUGUAUUUUUGCCUGAGAAAAUAGAUGAACAAAAUAUCCUGUGCAUUAGCCCUAUAUGUAGUCUUUUUACAUUUAAUAUAUUCCAAGAAUUGUCUCUUGUUGCCUUCAUUGUUCUAACUUACUGUAUAUUCCUGUUGUAUUAUCCUUUAAAUAUGCUAUGCUUCUUUAUUAAUUCUUUUAGAUCUUUUGUAGCCUGAAGGAUUCUAGCCUUCUGCAUUGCCAAGCACUUCUGCAUCUGAACUACUGUGAAAUCAGCAAGCACAAAACACUGUAACAUACACAGAGUUGGAGUCCGACCACAUUGCUGCAGCCACCAUAAAAGAGCAAAGGAAUUUUUUUUUUUAAUCUCCCUUCUUUAAGCAAAUGUUCUUUACCAAACAAGCUCAAUAUUGGGAUUUAUGAGUCAUUCUAAAAACACAAGCUGCAUGCCUCUCACUGUGACACAAGCACACACAUAUUUCUAAAAUCUUUUAUUAAACAAAGACAGGAAUGACUUACAGAGUAACAGAAGGAACCAAUUUGUGCUCUCCCCAUCUACUGGUCUCUUGCUUUCUGGAUGUAUGAAAUAGGAUAGGGAGUUUGUAGUACUGUACUGCUGUCUCUUUAAUAGUGUCUCCCACCCCUUAUUCCCUCAAACCUGUCUCCUCCCACUUUUUAGAAACAAGCCAUCUGACCCCAAAUCUGUAAGUCCAGGCGACAGAACAGAGAGUGAAAGAGCAGAGAGAGUAAUGGGUUAGAAGCUUAAGUUCAAGGAUUCCACAGGCAACUGACAAAUAACAACAUAAAACAACAAGUAAGAAUUCUUCAUCCCUAGAAGUUUAUUGAUGUGGAAUGUAAAGAUCUCUUUUCAACCAUGAAGCGUUUACCCAGUCACCAUCUAGAUGUGAGUCUUUUUCCUCGCUUCCUAGGCCUGUGUAGGAAAUACCGUCCUCCUUCUCCACUUCCAGGAUCUCCUCCAAAGGGACAGCUACGCCUGCGCUCUCCUCCUGGGAUUUUUGUGUUUAUUGCCAUCAUCCUUGUCCUAACAGGCUUGACAGUGGCUGUUGUUGGCUAUUGGCCUCAGAGAACUAACAGUGCUUCCCCAACAAUUAUUCCACCUCAUCCAAGACCACAUGCUGAGAGGUUGAAGUUGAUAGGUCCAGUCAUCAUGGGUGUGGGGUUAUUUGUGUUUAUUUGUGCUAAUACGCUUCUUUAUGAAAACCGAGACACAGAAACAAAGAGGCUUCUUCAAAACAGCAUGGUCAUGCCAAGACCAUCUAAUGUGACUUUAACUACCAGUCAAAGGGGGCAAUUACCACUGCAGAGAACAUGGGGAGAAAGUUCGGGAGAGCUGGACAAUAGACGUAAUAUUUUAAUUCGUGCACAGCUUUUGUGUCCCCCCAUCAAUGACUUAUCUGUGUCCCUAGUGAGUAUCCACUCCGAUCCUUGCAUUUCAUCAUUAUCACAACUUGGGAAUCGUUGGAAACUGAAGAAAGAAGCAGUUGCUAGAAGUUAUAGCUCUUCAGUGAAGAUAGAUAUGGCAGAUGUGGAUCAAGUAAAAGGAAGUUUAGAGGUGCCAGACAUAGGAAGAAAAAGUAAAAGUUGGCCAAGGCUGGAGGAAUGUAAUACAAAGCCGAAACAUUCCAAGGAAAAAAAGCUGAAAGUUGGAGAAAGAGAGAGCAGCCAAGAGACUGUGCCAGAAAUGGCCUAAAUAAAUGAAAGGGUUAGAAAUGUAAUUUAAUCACCGGGAGUACAUCCAGAGGAUUAUGGAGGGCAUGGUUAGUGAGGUUGAGGGGAUGUUCCACCAUAUAGUGGAAAACUAUAUUACUCUGAGCUUUCCCUAUCUAUCCAAAGUGUUUGGACAGGUUAUAAUAAAUUUAGAGAUAACCUCAAUUUUUCAUGUCCCCCUCCCUAAUUAGUACACCAUGCUCUCAUAUGGUUUUUAUGAUGGAUGUUACUUACCUAGAAUUGAAUAAUCUUUUGUGCACUGUAGUGCAACCACCCCCCAAAGCCAAUGCUUUGUCAAGUAAACCCAAAUUCUGCCUCCUCAUAGUUAAAUGCUAUUUUUCACCAUCAGUGCUCAGUUUAUAAACAGUUAGAAAAACAUUCAUACAAAUAUGCCUUUAUUCACAGUAGGGGCAGCCUUCAAGGCCAUUUUACAGAUCUGGGUCCAUCAGCAAAAAUCUC